AAAACGUCACAAGCCGUCGUCACAAUGCUCGAUGCUGCAGUUGAGCCUGUCCGCGCUCGCGAAUUCUCCCGAUCCCGAACACCCGUCCGAUGCUGCACUGAGCAAGCUUCAUGGCCGGUAGUCUCACGUUGCGCCUGGCCUCCACCCAUCAGACCAGCUCGCCAGCCUCAUCUGACGCCCGAGCCCGUCAGCCAUGUUGAUCGCGAUGACGGCUGGCGUAGCAGUCGGACUCUCGCAAAGACCUUCUGCGUCCGACGAGUCGUGGUACUGGAGCUCUUGGAGUCCCAGUUUUCGACGUCAUGGUAGCCAAGAGCGAGGCGAGAACUGCAUUGCGAAAGAUACCACCUCUUGGCCUCGCAUCCAGAUCGCCGAUUGCUUCUUUCGGAUUACGAUUGUGUUGGCUAAGGAGUACGCAACCUACGUCGUUAGUCUCAACAAAACAUGUGAACGUCGUAGUGGUGUUGCUGUGGCGUCCACCUGCGAGAGACAAACAUCCAGGUUUUUGCUUAGCCUCGAUGUGGCUGUUCCAACUUCUCCAGCCCCAUUCCGUGUGCCUUUCUUGGUUCAAGCAAAGUCUCAGAGUGCAAGUCCAGCCAUGGCCAGAGGUGAUCCGCCCUCUGACGUGUGGCUGAGCGAACUGGUACCUGGGAGGAAUGAUGCCAUGCACGUGCAUGUUCUACGUAUGAAACAAGCAAGGCGAGGAUAUCCAAGCGCGCUCAGCUUCAAUCGAACCAAUAGUGGCCGAAGGAUUGUUUGCUCCACGUGGAACGCCGUCGUUGGCAUUCCGGAAGUAAGUGGAUGUAAUCCUGACAUCAGUCCUCAGCAUCUUUCAACAUUCUGUCCCACAAGUAGAGAGACUUGCGAGCAACGGGGCAGAACCUUGGGGAAGCCGGAAGUCGAGAAAGGGUGGGAUACAUGCUCUCUCACGAAAUCUAGCGUGGUGUAACCUGCGGCUUUGGUAGCAUCCAUUGAGUGCACACGCUAACCGUAUCACGUAUGGCUGGUUCGACUCUGUGACCUUGGAGUCCUGCAAUAGAGACUGAGAGUGAAAACGUACCGAGUUUUACCUGUGAGGGCUAUAAAUCAGGUCGCGGUCGAGGAUGUUAGAGAGAACGACUUCCACCCUCAUCCGAAUCAC